AGCCGGCUGGCGGCGCUGGAGCGGCAGCGUGCCGCCCAGCAGGAGGAGCUGUCGCGCACCAGACUCGACUACGAGCGCGCCAAGGCCGAGAUGAACCGGACGGCCAGCGAGCGCGAGACGCUGGCGCGCGCUUCCGGCGAACUGCAGGCUCGCCACGCGGCCCUGCAGAAGGAGCAAGCCAGUCUGCGCGAGGUGCUGGCCGCCGUGAGGGCUGAGAGUCAGCACGCUGAGAUGCAACUUUACGAGAAGAGCUGCGCCCUGGAGGCAGCCGAGACGGCGCGCCGGCAGCUGGAGAAGGACAACAAACAGCUGACCCUGCGGCGGGAGGAGGUGCAGAACCAGCUGAACCUCGCCCGGCGGGACAUGGACCAGGAGGGCGGGCAGCUGCGUGAGAAGUGUGACGAGCUGCAGCGCAGGCUGGAGGAGGCGCGCACCGAGCAGGCCCGUCUGCUCUCCAGUCAGCAGCACCAGCACGAUGUGGAGGCGGCCCGGCUCACGCGCGAGAAGGAGGAGGCGGUGCGUGCGCUGGAGUCGCAGCUUCAGAAGUCGGCACACGCCUGGAGCCGCGAGCAGGACGACCUGCUCGGCCAGAAGAAGCAGCAGGCGCAGCAGCAGCUGGAGGAGCACCGAGCCGAGCUGGAACGGCUGCGGGGCGAGGCCUCCUCGCACGGCCAGCUGUCUCGCUCCAGCGUCGGCGCCCUACACACGGACAUCUCCCGGCUCCGCACGCAGAUGGAGGACAAGGUCAAGGUCAAGCUCAAGGUCACGGAGGAGCACCGCGAUAGGCUGGAGCGUGACCUCACCGAACUCAACCGCAAGCUGAGCGAAGUGGAGACCCAAAACGCUGACUGCAACCGCUCUUUGGCGGACACCAAGCGGGCUUUGCAAGAGGCUGAACAUGAGCUGGCAACGCUAGAUGGCAUUAACGGCGAGCUGCGCGACAAGAUUAAACGGCUCGAGGCUGAGAAGGGUGAACUCAAGCGGGUCCUGGACGAGGCCAACCAGAGAAUAAGCAUUCUGGACGGCGCGCAGGAGAGCUCGGCCAAACAGAGCCACGAGCUGCGCACCCAGCUGCGCGACCUGGAGCGGCAGGACGCCAACGACACGCACAAGAACGACAUCCACAACCUGCAGGUCCAGAUGCGGGACCUGGAGGCGGUGCGAGAGGGCCUGCAGAAGCAGCUGGCCGAGUGCCGCGCCACCGGUCACCGGCUCGAGGAGGACAAGGAGAACCUCGAGAUCCGACUGAGCGCCUCCAGCCAGGAGGCCACCGACCUCAAGGUGCGCCUGGUGGCCUGUUGGUCAACCGACCUGCUGGACGCGGCGCCGGCCGGCCCGCCGCCCAACGCCGUCGACGUCGACCCGGAGUUUGUGCGCCAGGGCCUGAAGGAUCUGAUGCAGCAGGAGGAGGCCAACAAGAAGCGGGAGCGCGAGACCAAGGCCCUGCAGGAACGGCUGGUGCGGCUCGAGACGGCCAACACCAAGCUUCAGCUGGAGAAGGAGGUGCUCGAGGACAAGCUGGGCAUGCUGCGCAGCCAGGAGAGCCAGCAGGAGGAGGAGCGACGCGCGCUGCGCCACAGCCUGGAGACGGUGGAGAUCUCUCUAUGCGUGCUCAGCGUCAGCUCCGUCGCGUAG